UUAAAGGUGGUGUGAACUCCAUGCUCUUCUGGACCUAGAAUUUAGAUGUUGAAUGGUAUCACUUUAAAGAAAAUUACUUAAUAUUUUAUAGUAAGGUGACUUUAUCAGUAAAAACCUUCAAGAAGAAUUGAUGUGAUUUUUAAAAUCAACUUAGAUGCUUGCAUUUUGGAUUGCUGCACUCUUACUCUUUGACAUAUCAACAGGAAAAGAAGUUUGCUAUGAAAGGGUUGGGUGCUUUAAAGACGGUUUACCAUGGACCGGGACUUUGUCGAGACAGUUGGCAGGUUUGCCCUGGUCUCCAGAGGAGAUAAACACUCGCUUUCUGCUCUACACUAGACAUAAUCCCAAAGUCUAUCAGGAAAUCAGUGCAGUUAAUUAUCUAACUAUCCAAACCUCACACUUUGGAACAGACAAGAUGACCCAUAUCAACAUACCUGGAUGGAAAUCAGAUGGAAAAUGGCAGCAAGACAUGUGCAAUGCAUUGCUAAAAGUGGAAGACGUGAACUGCAUUAACAUAGACUGGAUUAACGGUUCACUGGAAUACAUCCACGCCGUAAACAAUCUCCGCGUUGUUGGUGCUGAGGUGGCGUAUUUUAUUGAUGUUCUUGCGAAAAAAUUUGGAUAUUCUCCUUCUAAAGUUCACUUGAUUGGCCACAGCGUGGGAGCACAUCUGGCCGGGGAAGCUGGGUCGAGGGUACCAGGCCUUGGAAGAAUAACAGGGUUGGACCCAGCCGGGCCAUAUUUCCACAAUACUCCAAAUGAAGUUAGGCUGGACCCCUCGGAUGCCGAAUUUGUUGAUGUCAUUCAUACAAAUGCAGUUCGCUUGCUCUUUGAGUUUGGUGCUGGGACUAUUAAUGCUUGUGGUCACCUUGACUUUUACCCAAAUGGAGGGAAGCAUAUGCCAGGAUGUGAAGACUUAAUAACACCUUUAUUUAACUUUGAUCUCAACGCUUACAAGGAAGAAGUGGUUUCCUUCUUUGAUUGCAACCAUGCCCGAAGUCAUCGCUUCUAUACUGAAAGCAUUCUCAAUCCUGAUGCAUUUAUUUCUUAUCCUUGUAGAUCCUACAGAUCUUUCAAAGCGGGAAAUUGCUUCCAUUGUCCCAAAGAAGGUUGCCCAACAAUGGGUCAUUUUGCUGAUAGAUUUCACCUCAAAAAUACGCAGCCUAAUAGAUCAUAUUAUUUUUUAAACACAGGGUCUCUUUCCCCAUUUGCCCGUUGGAGGCACAAAUUAUCUGUCAAACUCGAUGGAAACAAUGCCACUCAAGGGACCCUGAUCCUCCGUGUAGGUGGAACAACCGGGAACACGGAAGAGUUUGUGAUGGCCAGUGGAACACUUAAGCCAGGCAUGACUUAUACAAAGUUAAUUGAUGCAGACGUUAAUGUUGGAAAUGUUACAAAUAUUGAGUUCAUUUGGAAGGAAUAUUUGUUUGGGCGUUCUCAGAAUAAGUUGGGAGCAGAAAUGGUGACAGAUAUAUCUGGAAAACAUGGAUAUGAAUCUACCUUCUGUAGCCAGGACAUUAUGGGACCCAAUAUUGCCCAGAUCCUGAAACCAUGCUAAUUUCAGAUACAGUCUUGAUGGAUUUAUUUAAUGAAAGAAAGAAUCUUCUUCUGGUUGGUAUCUGAACCAAACUUGGCCUUCGUGAGUGAGAGGAGGUGAUGCCAAAGUGUGGUGGUAUAAAUUGCGUAAGAGUGAGACUCUGGUUGAGUACUUGAAGCACAUUUUGAGUAUCUCCAGGUAGAAUAAGCACAGUUCUAGAACGAUAUAAAGAAUAUUUAUUAUGUUGUUAAAUCUUGCUAAGACAAAUUAUGGCUAUAGUUCAUGAUCUGUAGAUGAUAACCCUGUGGGUUGAUAUGUCUAUGUAUUAAUAAUGAAAACCGAUGAGAGUACAUUAGUAUUUCCAAGGUGUUCCUUGGUCUUCAGGUGUGUGUGAAGUAAAAGAGAUUUGGGGGCUUAUCUGUGAUAUGUCCAAUAGUUAGCAAUAGGCCCUGAGGAUCAUCAGCCCCUUCUCUCAAAGCCACCUGCAGGGGGAGAAUUACUCCUCUCUGGACCUUGAAAGCCCCAUUGCAAAUUUGCAUUUAGCCUAAAGGCAGCAUUUCAUUUGUAAAGCACUUGACUAUCCCUUUGUGUUUGCAAUAAUAAUCCUGUAAUAUUUAACUGUGUCAAUUUUUUAAAACUUCGCUUCAAUUUUUUGUAAUUCAGGUGUCUGUAUCCAGGGUAAAUCAAAGAUGACUGUUUUUAUCUGCUCUGUUUUCUAAUGGGUUUAGUGUUUAGUCCCCAGCACUGUACUAUAAAUGUUGUUGAAAAGAAAUGAUGACAGAUCCUCUGCAGGAGUUUUCUUGAUUCUCCUUGGUGCCUUGCUGACAAGCGAACAUCAAGAAAAGGCCCCUGGAUGUACUUAAACCUGCCCCUAACAGGGCAGAAAGCAGAGAACCGAGUGGGGUGUCUCUUUCCCAUUGUGCAAGUGGGAGAUAGAAGACUGAUUGGAGCAUGAGACUCAAUGGAAGGGGGAAAGGAGAUGCGGACAUGUUUGGCACAAUCUGGCUGAUUGUCUACUCUCUGGUGGGCAUGUCAACCCAAGGCCUAGGCCAGCCCGGGAGCAGGGUGGCCAUGAGCAUCCCCGUGGGAGGGUCUGAGUCUCUGAGACCUACUAACAGUGUGGCAGCCCAACACUCCUCGGCAAUCUGGCA